AUGAAGCAAAUUUUUGGUUGUGAACCUUGGAUUCGAUCUUACAGCACUUUACUGAACGCUUUUGCUGAGUCGAAUCGUUGGGAACAAGCCGAGUCUCUUUUUAAGCACUUUGAAACAGUGGGCAAAAAAAGUCAAAUUUGCAAACUUAAUAUUUUGAUUAAGGUUGCUUGUAAAAGGAAGCAUUUUGAUCACACGAAGCGGUUAUUGGAUUGGAUUUGUAAAACAGGUUUUCAUCCAAAUGUGCAAAGCUAUUGGACUUUGAUUAAUGGGCUUGUCAAAGGCGGGAACUUGGUCAUUGCUUUGGAAUUGUUCGACGAAAUGUUUAAGAGAAAAGUGACUCCUGAUGUUAUGUGCUAUAAUAUAGUAAUUGAUGGUUUUUUUUUUUUCAGAAAAAGAGAAUUUGUUGAGGCAACUGAGGUCUGGGUGAGGUUGUUGGAAGAUUCUUCUGCUUAUCCAAAUUCAGUUACCUAUAAUAUUAUGAUUAAUGGUUUAUGUAAAUGUGGCAAGUUUGAUAAGUGUUUGAGGUUCCCAUUUAUGGAUUCUGGCUUUAAUCUGAGUGAGAGUCAUACACUUCUACGUGGCAGUUCAAAAUAUUGGGCAACUCUUCCUUACCCAAGAAUCCAGGGGAGCAAUCUUUGA